GUUGAGCGCUGCGAGCCCCGAGCCCCCAGAACCCCCGCGACCCCAGCCGGGCAGCGGGACAGGGAGAAGCCAGGCAAGAGCCCUAUAUCCUGUGCCCCGUCGGGCGCCUGCCACCAUGUAGAGGCUAGCGACUGCAUGUCGCUGUCGGUGCCUGGACUCCUGGGUCCCCCGCAGCCUGCAGCUCCGGCCCGCGGGGGCCACCGAUGAGGACACACCAUGCUGACCGGUGUGGCCGAUGGCAUCAUGUGCUGCCUUCUGGGCUCCACAACCAAUGCUGUGGGUCCCCUGGAAAGUGUUGAGUCCAGCGAUGGCUACACUUUUGUGGAGGUAAAGCCAGGGAGAAUCCUUCGGGUGAAGCAUGUGUGCCCCCCGCCUGUGGGAGACCAGCCACCGGCGCCGUUGCAGCCAGAAGGGGAGCAGGGUGGGCUAGUUCACUGCAAGCGGCGCAUCACCGUCUACCGCAAUGGGCAGCUGGUGGUGGAGAACCUUGGCGAUGUGCUUCGAGCUGACCUCCUGCAAGGGUACAAUGGUAUUGGUGAGCCCCCCUCCACCCUGGAGCUGGAGAUGCCCGAACCUUCUUCCUCAUUGGCAAAUGGCCCGUCGGGGGAAGGGGCCCGCCCGGGCUCAGGGCCUGCUGGGCGUAGGCGGAGGACACGGCGUCCCAAGCGUACCAUCGAUAUCGACUGUGAGAAGCGGGUCACCAGUUGCAAGGGUGCCCAGGCCGAUGUGGUCCUCUUCUUCAUCCAUGGCGUGGGUGGCUCCCUGGCCAUUUGGAAGGAGCAACUAGACUUCUUUGUUGGCCUGGGCUAUGAGGUGGUGGCUCCAGACCUGGCAGGACACGGGGCCAGCUCUGCCCCCCAGGUGGCUGCUGCAUAUACUUUCUAUGCUCUGGCUGAAGACAUGCGAGCCAUCUUUAAACGCUAUGCCAAGAGGCGAAAUGUGCUCAUUGGGCACUCAUAUGGGGUUUCCUUUUGCACAUUCCUGGCCCACGAGUACCCGGAACUUGUUCAUAAAGUGAUCAUGAUCAAUGGUGGUGGCCCCACAGCCCUGGAGCCAAGCCUUUGCUCCAUCUUCAAUAUGCCUACCUGUGUUCUUCGAUGCCUCUCGCCUUGUCUGGCCUGGAGCUUCCUCAAGGCUGGCUUUGCCCGCCAGGGGGCCAAGGAGAAACAGCUGCUGAAGGAAGGCAAUGCCUUCAACGUUUCCUCCUUUGUGCUUCGGGCUAUGAUGAGUGGACAAUACUGGCCAGAAGGUGAUGAGGUCUACCAUGCUGAGCUCACUGUACCUGUCUUGCUGGUGCAUGGCAUGCAUGACAAAUUCGUGCCUGUGGAAGAGGACCAGCGUAUGGCAGAGAUCCUCCUCUUAGCUUUCCUGAAGCUCAUUGAUGAGGGUAGCCACAUGGUGAUGCUAGAGUGUCCAGAGACAGUCAACACCCUGCUCCAUGAAUUCCUUCUGUGGGAGCCAGAGGUCCUGGGGCCACCUGACCAUCCUGAUGCCAGUGCCACCGAGAAGAAAUAAAGUGGAUGGAUGGACGGACAGACAGACCGAUGGGGCGCUUUUCAAGAGGCUGGGAGCUGCAGGAGAAGGCGCCUUCCCUCAGGCCUCAGGGAGGGCCAUGGUUGCCCUCCCUCCGGCUAAUGGAGGGGGAGAGGAAAGCCACGAUGAGGGGGUCCCUCCCCACCCAGGGAUCGAGGCACCCGUGGAGGGCUGCCCAGUGGCAUUCGGAGUUGUCCAGCAGGGCCAGACUGGCCACUGAAGGAGGGGGCUGAAGCCUCCCCCCAACCCCAUCCCCCUUUCUUGCUUGUCUCCUUUGCGUACCCGUAGGCGCUAUUUGGGGAGAGCGGUCCCCGAGGCAGACUGCCUGGGGAAAAUCAGGGAUAAAUCCCUACCCUCCUGGGAGGGAGAUGGGCCAGGUCUGGCUUUCUGGGAGGGUUUGACACCCACCCAGGCUGGCCAAAACAGCAAGGGGAGGGACCCUUCCCUUGCUCAGCUGUGGCCCCCAGCUACCCCCAGCAGGACUAGUUGUACCAUCCCCACAUUUCUAGGGAGCUGGAAAUUACCCUCUCUAUAUUUAAGGACCUUGUACAGAAACUCACCUUCCUUCCAUGUUGCAAACCCCACCCCCACCCCCCAAUCCAGUGCUCAGUAUUAAGGUCUCCUCCUUUGUCUCCCCAAUGGGCAUCUGUCUCGUGUAUCUCUCUUUGCUGAGGACUGAUUUCUAGAAGGUGAGACUUCUCUCUGUCAUCAGCACUGCUGCUCCUGGGGAAGGAGCCUUCCUCCCUCCCUCCCCUCUGCCCCUCCCCCACCCCCAUUUGACCAGGGACACCUAUUCCCACCUGAUGGGGCCCCUCCCAGCUGGAAAGCCCUUUUCAGCUUGAGAGAGGGGACUGCAGCCUGUGGAGGCAGGGAUGGAAAUGGGUGGGGGGUGGGAGAGACAGAUAUGGAUUGUGCAGACCACGAGCUGUAGCCCAAUAAAUGUGACAAUCAGCAUCA